AUGGUGCUGGUGCUGGUGAUGGUGCUGGUGCAGGUGAUGGUGAUGGUGAUUGUGCUGGUGAUGGUGUGUGUGUGUUGCAGGUUCGGGCGUAGAUCCAUGCUUCUGGUGGCUUUGAUAGCCACCACCGUGAUGGGAGCCACCUCGGCCCUCUCCACCUCCUACACUAUGUUUGCCAUAUCCAGAGUGCUCUCUGGCGUGGCCCUCAGUGGACUGUCCAUCAUUGUGGCGGUUCUUGGUAUUGAAUGGACAGAUGUGAAGCAUCGAACAUUUACUGGAACCAUCAUGAGUUUGUCGUGGACCGUGGGGAACAUGUUUCUGGCUCUACUGGCCUUCCUCAUCCGAGACUGGAGGCACCUGACGAUGGCAGCCACAGCACCCUGCAUCGUUGCGCUCAUCUCCUGGUGGUGGUUGCCUGAGUCAGCACGCUGGCUGUUGGCCCAUGGAAGAACAGAGGAAGCCCAGAAGUAUCUCACUCAGUGCGCUAAAAUAAACAGGAGGGACACAUGCACGUCAAAGUUGGACACCGAGGUUCUGAGGACGAUAACGGUGUCCGAGGUGGCUGAAAAGAACCACACUUAUUUGGAUCUGAUCAAAUCCCCGCAGCUGAGAAAGAUCACCCUGUGCUCGGGGUUUUUCUGGUUUGCAGUUUCCUUCCUUUACUAUGGAAUCAGUUUCAAAAUCUCAGGUUUCGGUGUCAACAUUUACCUCACGCAGUUUAUCUACGGAGCCAUUGAAGCUCCUGCCAAAAUCCUCACCUUCUUCGUCCUGGACCGGAUCGGUAGGCGGCACUGCCAGGCUUGGUUCCUGAUCACAACAGGAGCUCUGAUUGGGAUCAAUGCAGCCAUACCACUAGAGUACUCUGUGAUUCGAACGUGUGUUGGUGUGGUGGCGAAGGGUUUUUCUGAGGCUGCGUUCACCACAGCUUUCCUCUACACAGCUGAACUCUACCCAACGGUUCUCCGGCAGUGUGGUUUAGGCUACACCUCGUGUCUCGCUCGGACUGGAAGCUCCCUGGCUCCAAUGAUCAUGAUGCUGGAGGACACCUGGCUUCUUCUGCCCCCCGUGGUCUUUGCUGGGACAGGGAUCGUCAGUGGCAGCUUGGUCUUUCUGCUUCCAGAGACACUCAACGUCCAUCUGCCUGAAAACAUCUUUGAUGUUGAGAAGAAAAGGUACAAACGCAGAGGAGACCUGACAUGCAAAUGGAGAGUGAUGCAGAAGGAGCGACACAAACUGAGCUGA